AUGGAGCGCGGGAAAGGCGCUCGGGAGGAGCGCGGCCCGACUUCCGAAACCCGCCUCCCCACGGGCUUCCCCUGCCACGUAGAAAUCGCGGAAGCGCCUCCCCCCGGCAGUGGCGCGCGCCCUCCGCCGCAUCCCUCCGCGGAGGCGCCGCGCGCGGGCGCCGGCGGAGGCCUCCAGAGGCAGCCCACACCGCCUCUGGGCAUGGGUCCGCGGGAGAGGCAGCCGUCCCCGCCCAUCCCCGCGCCUCACCUGCAGCCCCCCGGGCUGGGGCAGCCCGUGCACCCCACUCCCCCCAAGGAGCGCCAGGCGCAGCCCCCGCCCCCUCAGCCCCAGCAACCCCAGGAGCCGCAGCCCCAGCAGCCCCAAAUGCACCCUCAGGGGCAGCCCCAACAGUAUCAGCCCCCCCAGCAGCCUCAGCAGCCUCAGCACCCCCAGCAGCCGCAGCUGCAGCCGCUGUCUGCACACCUUGCUGCAUCGCGCACAGCCCAUCCCAUCCACCUCCCUCUCUCAGCAGAGGAGCAGCAGCGGCAGGGCGCGUGGGGCCGCGAGGCUGGGGAAGGCGGCACUUCUGCAGCUGCCGCUGGUGCGGCAGAGGGAGCGGUGACGGUGUCGAUAUCGAGGGCGGGCAUGAUGGUGAAGCCUGACAGUGUGUUCCGCCUGCGUGUGGGCGUGCGCCCCCUCUCAGGCGAGCUGGACCACGAGGCUCUCAGCCGUCUGCACUCCUCCAACCAGUGCUAUGGGCUGGCUGUGCUGCUGGCAGGGCUGGCAGUCAUUGCCCUCUCCGUGGUGCCUCAAGUCUCUCUGCAGCCCCUGCUAGCCGGGCUGCUCAUGGCCAUGGGGCUGGUAACCGGGUUACACGCACUAGUGCUCUUCACAGCGCCAGGAGCCAUCGCCCUUGUCCUUCUCGCAGCCGUGCAUGCAGCCUUUGGCGCCUGGCUCCUCCAAGCCCCCUCAGACCAUUUCCUCCUCAUCCUCGCCCUCUGGCUCGCCGCCCAGGCGCUCUCCAAGCUGAUUCUCGCCGCCCUUUUGAGCCUCAUUUCGUCUUAUGUGGCGCUGGUGGUGACGGCGGUGGUGGGGAUUGGGCUGGCUGGGGUGGCGUAUUUCGGCUUUGAUGCCAGCACGCCAGUAUGGGCGCAAGGGGUGCUGGUGGGGGGUUACCUCGUGCUGUACGGCAUUUCCUUCUUGCUCAUUGCAUGCAUGGCUUUUGCUGGUGAGCUGUAG